CAAGCUCCUCUCUCUCUCUCUCACAGCACACAAGAAGACCAGCACUGAGCCAUCCUCCCUCUCCCUCUCUCUCUCGUUCUCCCUCUCCUCCUUCUCGUCUGCUCUCCAGUCGGGGAGGGGGCACUGCUCCUGCUGUGUCGAUUGGUAGGCAGUUACAAACGUUACUAUUUUGAGAGAGUCAGUGUAUGUGCUCCGUGCGCAGCGGCGAACGAUCGGAAAAAAAAAAAAGGGGGGGGAAGAAGAGGCUGAGAAAGGCAGAGCGGGCUUUGCUUCAUUCUGCUGCAUGUUAAAUGCUGUGCAAGGAGGGGAUGAGGGAGCGCAGGGAGACUCGGACCCGCGGCUGAUGCCGAACCGUGCCGCUGAAUCCACGUAGAAGUAGAGGAAGCCAGGCUGUAAGUCAGGAGGUCGCGCGCCAAGGAGCUGUUGCAGAACCGAGCCAGAAUCUUCUCUGAUCAAAGGGUGAAAUAAGGCAAAGGGAGACAGGGAGGAGGAGGAGGAGUAGGUGCUGAAGAGGGUGAAAGCGAAAAGAUGGCGAGUUUUGGGAAACUCACAGACUACUUUAAUCGCCGUAAGUCUCGAGAGGAGCUACGGGUGGGAAGAAGCUCGCGGCGCAGUGGCAGUUACUGCUGCACUGUGGCAGAAGCCAGGUCGCUGGAAAGGAAGCUGCAGAGACCGAUACUGGCCAAGUCUCGUACUCUCCCCAGCAUCCCCCAGUCUCCGACCGUCUCCAGGGUCCAUCCCUCUGAUCUCAUUGGUGGGAGUCCUCCUCGCAGGAAGAACCCUCCCACUACCACCAGCCAGCCAAAGGCCUGCACUCUGCCGCCUGCAGGGGAGCUGUGGCGUUUAGAGGAUGACAUGGAGGGCGACGACGAGACCGAGCAGAGUGGCAGCACCGAGGCCCGUCCUCGAUCCCAGUCGCCCUUCUCCCACUUCCGGGCGCGAGCUGCUUAUCUCCGCAAGAGCGUGUCAGCAGACGACCACCUGGACAUGGGCUCCGACUACUGCGCAGGGACCGCAGUCGAGUGCAAACCAGCUCGUGGCAGCAAGGGAAAGCUGAAGAGAAAGUUUAGUCUGGGCUCUGCUGACCGAAAAGAGAAUCAGCAUAAGAAGUCAGAGUCAGGAAUCUCCAAAUUUACACAUCGCCUGUCCCUCAAAGAACGUCCAGCUAAAGCAGAGAAGACGUCCUUGGACAGACCUCCAUCGUACAGGAGACGAUCUCUUAGUGUGGAUUGGGCUGACUCUGGUAAGAUGACGCAGCCCAUGAGAGGGGACCAGGCCCACCAGCCGGCCUCAGCUCGCAAGUCAGCCAGUCUGUCCUCGCCAAGCGCAGCUCGCCGCCUAUACCGCAAUUUGUCUGGAAAGUUCCGUGUGGGCACCAACCCUCCUGCUCUGGAGGACAGUGUGGUGUCAGGACGGGGAGGAGACAAGGAGAGGCUACGCAAAACCACCAUAUUCCAGAGUAAUGAAGCACUGUUUGAGGCAGUGGAGCACCAAGAGUUGGACUUGGUGCAGCUGCUUCUGUCCCAGUACAGUUUGGAGGAGCUGGACCUCAACACUCCAAACAGCGAAGGCCUCCUGCCCCUUGAUAUCGCCAUCAUGACCAACAACGUACCCAUGGCCAAGCUUCUGUUGAGAGCUGGUGCCAAGGAGAGCCCCCACUUCGUGAGCCUGGAGGGCCGAGCGGUGCAUUUGGCCACUUUGGUGCAGGAGGCUGAGCAGCGGGUAUCGGAGCUUCAGCCCCAGGUGCGGAGCGACGGUCCCGGUGAGCGGGAGGGAUCCGACCGGGAGAGGCAGCUAAAAGCCUGGGAAUGGAGGCUCCGGCUCUUCCGACGCAUGCAGACAGGCUUUGAGCAUGCUAACCCUCCAGAUGCUCCCAGUGUUGUUCGCUUGUCUGUCAGCAGCAGCACCAGUCUAAAAGUUGACUUCCAGGAACCUCUCUGUGUCAACUCUGCUGUGGUUACCAAGUACAAAGUGAGCUGGAGUACUGCUCCUUUAUUCAGUCCUUUGCUGGGUGAGAUGAUAGUGGAUGACACCAGUCUGCUGCAGUGCAACAUCACUGGACUCACUUCUGGGACCUACUACUAUGUCCAAGUGGCAGCCUACAACAUGAAGGGCUGGGGGCCUCCACUAGUUUCCACCCCAGUCUGCUCUGCACCUUCCAGUUGGAGGGAUAUCGAUGGCCGCGCUCCACGUCAGAGAGGCCAGAAGGAGGCACUAGACCAGCUACUGGGGCAGAUAAAAGAAGCUCACCGCCACUGUGUCUGCCAUGAACAGUGCAAAGCGCCAACACAAGGCAGGAAGCACUCCGUAUCCAAAAGCCUGCGCCACCUCUUCCAACCCACCAGCAAAUUUGUUAAAAGCUUGAAAAGAGGUCUCUAUCUGACAUCUAUAUUCUACAGAGAUGACAAUGUGUUGGUGACCCCUGAGGACCAGAUUCCUAUUGUGGAGAUUGAAGACUCCUACUCCAGCUCACUAAUGCAGGACUUUCUCUGGUUUACCAAGGUGUCCUAUCUAUGGGAGGAGAUUUCCUGGCUCCAGCAGUGUCUCAGUCCUUCCCAGUCAUCUUGUUCGUGUACGCUCCAGACACGUCUCAAGAUGCUGCAGGCUGUUUCCCAUCUCCAGGGAAUGCUGGGAACCCAGGACCUUGGUCAGGUAUAUUUUGAGCCAAUCAAAGACAAGCAUGGUAACGCCCUGCUGGUGCUCCUGAAGGACAUGAACGCCUGUCCCAACCUGGAUGGGGUACGUUGGACACAGCUUUGUAAACUGCAGCUCCAGCGCAAGUCUAUCUCAUCCCCUGAAGAGCCCACAGCCUUGGACAUGCUCCUCAUCACACUACAUGAGAAACUGGCGUAUCACAGACGUAGUAGGAAGCUGUUGUCUCCAGGCCUCUACCUGGGCUACCUGAAGUUGUGUACAUCUGUGGAGCAGAUCAGAGCACUGGUACCACAGAAACUCCCCAACAUCCUCUGUCAUACCAAAAUCCGGGACAACUGUAACGUGUCCAGAGAGGAGUGGCAGUGGCUGCAGGCCCUCAGCUCUCUGGAGGAGUCGUUGGAAAUGGACCAUGACGUACAGAGCGCUCCCCAUCGCCUCCUACAGGACCUGCGCAGUGCCAUCAAGGACCUGAUGGCACACAUCAAUGUCCCUGGCAAUCAGGCACAAGACUUUCGUAUCUACAGCCAGGAAGUGCUGGAGUUUGGGGAGAAAGUGUCUUUCCUGCUGCUUCUUCCACCUUCAGAUGAAGUGUGCACAGCUCCUGGUCAGAACAACCCAUACUCCCCCCGCUCCGGCUUCCUCACCCUGCCCCUGCAGAUCUUCGAACUAGUCCACUUUAAUGCCUAUUGCCCCAGUUUCAUUGGCCAGUACUGCCGGGUGUCGGCUUUGCUGGAGCUGGAGUCCCUCAUGUCCCAGCAGGCACUACGUGAGGCCUUCUCUGAAGCUGAGCUCCUUGCUGCUAAGAAGAAACACCAACAGGUCCAGGAGCAUAUACAGCAAAUGGAGGAGGUGUGGCGGGAUGCGAGGUGGAUAAUGGAUGCCCUUCAGUACGCCCGCUACAAGCAGCCAACAGGAGGCAUCUCCAUAAGCUGGAUCAUUGACUUCUCCAAAGAAGUGAUGCCUGACAAGCCCCCCUCUACCUCCUCUCAGCCUGACUUCAUGCCCUCCCCCAUGCCUUCACCUGAACCCUGCCGCAAGCACUCAGAUUUUGCUGGUCUAUCGGACGAGGAGGGCUCCUCUGAAGUCUUCCUCACCACCGACAGCGACUACGAUUCCAGCCGUGCCCAGAGCCCCCGUGAGCUCGACCUGUUGCCCCCCUCGCCCCUCUCGUCCUCCGCCCCCCUGGAGCCCCGCGGUUUCCUCCGUAGUGAUGGGAGCGGCUCGGGGGGAGGGAUGUGCCUCGGCGGGGGCGGACGAGGAGGAGGAGGAGCUCUACGGGAUUCCACGCCGGACGUCCUCCAGGCCUCCGAGCCGCAGCACGGCAGGGAAGGUGAAAGGUGCGGUGGAGGUGGGGGUGGAGGUCGGUGUGUGGCGGAAAGGCGAAGGGGGGCACCGGAGCUGUUUGACAGUGACUUCAUCCUACCCAGCAGGCAGAUCGAGCUGCUGCACAUCACAGAGAAGAGGCAGGCGUUCUGUGUGAGGACCAGCAGCCUGGAGUUCCCUUCCACCACGUCGGCCUACCAGCAGCCUUACUCCCACCACACUGCCUGCCCCUCACCCUCCACCUCACCGCAGAGAAGAUAUCACAGGCCUUCCUCAGUGGAUCGUUGUUGUUCUGCAGAGCGCUGUCUGCCACAGCUCCCACCAGCACGUACGUUAUCAGAGGACAGCGGCACCCAGAGACUCUCCUCACCAUCCCCUGCUGCUCUCAGGAAAGGCUGCCAUGCCACGCUCAGAGUGUACCCACAGUAUCACACAGGCCUGCCCAAGGAGACCAGUGUUAAGCUUUGUGUAACUCCAGGCACAUCGGCGCAGGAGAUGGUGCAGCUGGUGGUUCAGGAGAUGAACGUUGUAUCACGGCGCAUGUUGGGGAACAGCGGUGGCGGUGACAUACAGGAGCAGUGUGUUUACUACGCUCCUGAACAGUUGAAGCACUUUGGCCUGGUGCUGGUCGUGGACAACAGAGAAAAGUGGCUUCAGGACGACUUUUGUCCCCUUGAGCUCCAAAACCCCUGGCUAAGGGGCAAACUGUGCGUUCGCAUUAAGGAGUAUUCACCACUAGCGCUCAAACACAGCCGGGCCACCACCGUGUGACAAUUCCAGGAGAGAGAGGUGCAAAGAAAAAGUUCAUUCCGUGUCCUUUUUCGAUAAAUGAUGGAACCGUUGCAUCGUCUCCCUCUCACUGAGGUGACAUCGUCCUCAACUGCAGCUAUAACAUGUUGUUAUUUUGUUCUGCUGCGUUCUUGUUAUCUGAACUGUUACUCUGAGAAUCUGUUUCCAUGAAAUCUGUUCUCCCGUACGUAUUCCAUCAGAGACCCUCAUAUGGACACCAAAUGAACAAUAACAAAGCGGAACAAAGAGAAAACGUUUUUUAGUGUUGUCAGAAGUCAUUGGGCAAAAGAUUGUGAUGCUGAGCCGGCUUAAUGGAGCGUCACUUUGACUGCUGGCGCGAUCGACGCCAGCACAUCGGGCCGUGCACGUUGCCAAAAUGACACGGGCAGCACCAUCACCUCCCUAGCCGCACAUGGACGCGGCUUUGACUAUUAACUCUCUCAUUGUGUCAUUCCCAAAGAGCUGUCGGCUGCAGCCGUUCGGCCCCGUGUUCCCAGGAUGUGGGCUCUGGAGCCGGCCCAGAAGGCAGGAAGGAGCGGAGAAGUACAGAGGUGGCUGGCGUCUCCGCUUGGGGACGCAAUCGACUCGACGAUUUGGCCCGUCAGCCUGUCACUCAACUGCUCUUGGCCACUGUACUGUCUGGUAGCAAGCAGCCAAGCAAGGAAUAGAGAGCGUGAUAGAAAGGGAGAGGGUGAGGAGGAGGGUGGAGGCUGCAUGUUGUAGAACCUGGCACUAACUCUCUGGUGCUCUUUUUCUCCCUUUUGUAGCAACACGUCCUGUACAGUAGACUCAGUGGUAGUGUAGCUGACUAAUAUGACCAUCCCAUCUCGUGAAGAAACACUCAAUGAAACCAGCUAAUUUGGGUUGUCAAAACAGAGAAGAAGAAAAAAAAACAAGCAAUACUUUUUACUUUCUGUUUUUUUUUUUCUAAUUGAUGGGAAAAGCAUGUAAACCUUCCAGAAUUGUGCUGAGUACAUUUAAAGUACUGUAGUCAUGCUGUGCUAAAAGUUAACCAGUUCAGUGUUUUGUUGUGUUUGGUUCAGUGGUAUUCCCAGAUGCAUCAGAAAACGGUGCCCGUCAGUCUAGAGCACGGUCUCCCAAAGGGACUGGAGUGUGAAAGGGAUGACUCAAGUUGUUAAGAGGCCCAGUGUUUCAAAGCAAAGUUACACAUUUUGUAUCCCAGAUUGUCUCCUAAACUACUUCUAAAUAAGUUAUAUACUAAAGGACCUGCUAAAAGUUACUAAAGUCCAAAUGGACUAAAAUAUAUCCGUAUAUUUUAGUCCUAAUGACACAAAGGGGGCUCUUGACAAACACAGCCUGCAAGGUGAGACUCGUGACCAACAGAGACAUCCAAAUGCAUCACCAGGGUUAUCAAUAAUUCUACUAGCUGUUGAAGAGGAGGGAAAACAGCAAAGUUCAUAACCCAGCUGUCCUCAAAGCACAAGUACAGAAAUGGGAUAAACAAAUUAAAGCUCAUUAAUCUAAGUCUAAGCUUCCUCUAAAAAAGUACAUAAAUAUUAAAGCACAAACAUAACUUCUAGUCAGGCAGAUUUUGAAAACCACAUUUAAAGAUCACUUUAAUAUAAAUUACUUUCCAAUUUUGGCAAUGAGGUUCAAUAAUUUUUUUAUGAAAAGCUUUCAGGACAGACUCCCACAGAGUGAACGAGACAGUUUCAAUCAGGGCUACAGCCAAGGACUUCCACUGGCUCUGGUUCGGAUUUCAUUUAAUAGAAAUACAAAACGAUCAAUGCUGUUAAAGAAUAAAGACAACACAAAUAACUUUCAGGGACCUGUCUUCAAACAUUACAAUAUACAUCUGAACUGCAUUCAAUUACAUCUGUGACAUACCACAAAUGCUAAUCAGUGUAUCUUUGCCAUUUGUUGCACUGCUUUCCAACUGUCCCUCCUUUUCAGCCCGUCAAUCACACAUUAGAUGGCCCCAGAAUUGUCACUCUGGUAUCCCAGAAAAAGGAGGAGAAGGUUCAAACAUGUUGUGAAAUGAUUGAGUUUUAACCAAGUGACAACUUGUGGGGCUGAAAAAUGAAGCCAACAUGGAGGUGCCAAAGCUGAUUCAAACCAUGUUUUAAUGACUCUAUCCAAGUAGGGUUGGUAUCUAACCAAACAACAAGUGAAAAUGAAAGGAAACAUAAAACUAAAGUAUUAAAACAAUACUCGCAAAUGGAGCAACCACCCCAGACCCCCAUGGGUGAAAGUUUUGUCUGACUUCUGGCCUCUUCAACUGCAUAUAGUGACUGUUUGAAGUCCAAAUCAAGUCAGAAUUAUUUAUUUUGCGCAUUUAAAACAAUAGAAGUGGCCACAAUAAGUUUUCAAAUAGAAUAAUAAGAUUAACAUGACAAAGUUACUUAACCUAAACGUUAAGGUCAAAACCUUGAGAUAAACCCAACAAUUCCAAUUGAUGAGAUGAGGACCCCCUUUGUCAGUAAUAGACCUUCAGCAGAACCAGGCUCAGGGAGGGCAGCCGUCUGCCUGAACCAGCUGGGGUGAGGGAAGAGUGGAGACAUUUUCUAAUAACCUUAUAAGAGAAAUUAUGUUUUUUUUGAAAACAUAUUAGUGACUAUAACAUUGUAAAGUAAACACAAUUUGGACUUUUGUAAUACCUCACAAAGUAGUCUGUGGGCAGUCAGAACUAAACAUGCUAGUUUUUUUUUUUAAGUGAGUCUCGCCUUGCAAGUCCAUCCAGAGUUUCCAGUCACACCAAAUUCUUUCUCUGCUAAAUUAAUUCUCAGUACAAGAACUGUAAUUUCAUAUAAAUUGCCUUCAUUCUUCCUAAAAUUUAAUUGAGGCCUCUCAACAAGCUAAACUUUCCUUUUUUAGCCAGUUUCACAAAAACCUACUACAGCUGAAACAGAGCGGUCAUUUUUUAGUGGCGUUGUCUACAACUCCACAUUUCACAAAAAUUUAAUCUUCUGUGUUUUAUUUUUUCUAUGAACUAUCUUUGCAUUCCUUAUCUAAAAUGUCAGCCAGGCUCAGCAGCAUCGCACCGUUGUAAUGAGCUGCAGCAUUUUCAAAUGUAGCACGAGUGGGCGAGUUUGAUAGGUGAAGUGGAUGGACCUGGCCCUCAACUUACUGUAGCAAUCCAGGCUCACAUGAUGUUGCUGAACCUGUCAGAGGGAGCUAGGAGUGGCGCCUCUCAGAGUGUUUACAGAGUUUACUUUCCUUACACCUUCAAAAAUGUGUUUACGUGUAACUACUGUACAAAGAUGUCUUAAGACAGACUGACGUUAUAAUAAUUGGUUUUACCGAUGGCUUGAACUCUUGUGUUAGCGCUUAGAUGUCUUCUUUAUUCGCAUUGUUUAAAGCCGUUUUUACGAGGGCCAUCUGCAAAAACAAAUCACACAACCAGAAGCUGAACUAUGUACAUAAACAAACAAGACCAGAGGGUGAAUGUACUGUAUCUGCCCGAAAUGUGAAAAGAAGUGGAAGUGUGGGGGAGGGGGCUGUCAUUAUUACGGAGGUCAAAGGUCGGUGAAGUUGCAAGCUGUCGCCUCAAGUUUGUGUUGAAUGGGAAGAAGGGGAUUUAAAUUCCCUUUUCCAGUCAAAGAAAAUAAAGCCCCAUGUUUACAAGGAGCUGUUGGCAGAUCCAUCAGGCAAAGUCAUGAAGGAGACAUCACGUCACUUUUUUUAAAUCUAUUUUUAUUGAACAAUAAAUGAAUAUUACAAAAUGAAA